GUAAACCGCAAUACGUGCAACACCAAAAAGCUGCUUGCAAUAGCAACAAUCCGUCAACCAACUAUUACAACAAAAAGAGUAGUGUAGUAAAGCCGUUAUUAGCCGGACCAGCUGCCUUCAAACGACGGCAGCGGUAGAAAUGGAGGCUCCGCUGGAAGAGGAGACACCUGCCGGAGCCUUGGCCGGGAUUGAGGGGCUCGACCUCGGAGGGGAGUUGAAAGCAUCCGACGAAGCGCUCACGUUCCUGUCCAGUAUUGAGCCUGCAGAGCUGCUGAAGUGUGUGUUCCCAGACUCUCUGGUGACCGUGUCAGAGGGGGGCCGUGACCUGGGGAGAUUCAGUGUGACGGUGGAGUUUGCCCGAAGAGUCCAGCAGCCAUGUCUGCUCCUGCAUGCUCAGAGCCAGGGAGCCAUCGACGACUCCCCCUGUGGGACUACAGUGACAGCCUACCUAACCACGGAGCUGGAGGUGCUGGAGGAAGACUACCAUGAGUAUGUCAAGCUUGAUGGUCACAGUUUGGACAAGAAGUGUCACAUGGUGCAGCAUGACGGACAGAUGCUGAUCAAUAAGGUUACCACUGUAGGAGAGGAGACAACAAUGAAGAGCGUCUCUUAUCCCAUGUCUGUCCUAAACGGGCUCGUUACCGAAGGGUCCAACUUGCUGCUCAUGCGCCUGUUUGCUCUUAGGAGGAAGGUGCCUGAGCACAUGACCUUGAUCUCCUUUGACCAGGGAUUACACAUCCUCCACACCACUUUCAGCGCGCUGGGUCUGAAGCAGUUGGAGGUUGGGGAUGACACCGUGGAGGUUUUUGGGGUGGAGAGGACUGUUCACUCUUCGGAAGACAGUCCCAUUACCUGGCAGUGCUACUUCCUAGCGGAUGGGCACAUGGCCAGCAGAGUGCAGGUGGGAUCACCAGUUUCUAUGAGGCUUCUGCAGCUGCAAUCACAGCUAGAAAAAGGUAAACCCCUGUCACACACCCCUAGAAAACAUUUUCUCAUGAAACAUAGUCACAAUGUCUGUGUGAUAGGUUUUGAGAAGAUCCCUCUGGUUUGGGAAGAAGACAUGCAGAUGCGCUCCAAGUUUUGGGACAGAAAGGAGGAGCUGAAGGCGGACCAUACCUCGUACCUGAGACGUCAUCCAGAGAUCCGGGCCCUCACAGCUGACUUCCUGGAGUCUCUGCUGUUGAGAAAACCAGAUGACGUCUUUAAGUUUGCCAGAGAGUACUUUGCCCCUUUUGCCCCCAGCCGUCUUCUAGAAACAAGCCCGAAAGCCUCUUCACUCUGA